CACACUGGUAUCGCCGGCCGGUGCUAGAAAAGUACAUAACGUUGACCGUUAGGUAAAGUCUGUCAUGAGUUAAAGGUUUUUUACCCCCGCGGCUCAGAACCGUGUGUUAGCUAAAUGAAGUUUGACAGGCAAACGCCAGGUUUAGCUAUUUUCAAGCAGCUAGCUCCGGUGUCGGCUACAAGUGCCGUCUGCCACUAGCAGCUAGGUCAAGUCAACGCCAGCUUGCGAGAGCCGCUAGCCGUUUGAAGUCGGUCAUUAAAUUAGUAUUUUCCAGCUGGCUAGCGGCAUUAGCUAGCGUUAGCUAUGUAGCCUGAGAUGUCACCCGGUUAGCUAGUUAAUGUUGCGGACUGUGGGCAUAUCUCCGCGGUCUGCUCACUCACUCUGUUCGGGGAAUGACAGGCUGAAGGCAGAUGGCUUUUACUCUUUCAUUAGCCAUUUAAGCUAGCAAUGCGUGCUACAUUAUUUCAGAAUAACGUUAGCUCGCCGGCGUCGGAUUAUUGCACUCUGUGGUACAACCGUGCCCUGCCCAGCAGCGUCACCCGUAGCUUUUCGCAUAAUGAGUGAUCAUUAUGUAAAAGUCAAGGUUCAUCUCGAGCAAAUGAAACCAUUUGGCGAGGAUGCAGAGAAAGAGGGUGCGGACACCGAGGAGCAGCUGUUAGCGUCGUCUCCUCCUGCUUCAAUCUCACCAGACCCUUCCAGCAUCACCACAGCUGAGAAAGAUGCAUCCAACACCUCCAUCACUUGUAAACAUAGAGGUAAAAGUCGUGGUAAGCAAGGGAAAGAUGACAAGAACUCUUGUGGCAAACACAUGUCAGACCUGUCUUUGCAUGGGUCUGUCGUUUCUGCUCCCGCUGGGGAAAACUUGAAUAGACUGGGGCAUGAGCGGACACUUCACAUCAAAGGGACUGGAAAGAUACUGCAGGGCAAGACAGAGACUAAUGGGAACUAUGUGACCAUCCAUGCAUCCAAAAACAUUCAAGAGACACGUCGUGAGGACGGAUUCAAACUUGCACGGAAGAGAAGACCAGUGACGGUGGAUACAUCCAAAGCCAAAACCUCCUUGGAGGCACUGAAGUUAAGCAUCAAGCAGUUAAAGUGGAAAGAGUUUCCUCUGGGAAGACGAACGGCCUGUGAUAUCUACUGGCAUGGCGUUUCCUUCCACGAUAAUGAAAAUAUCGUCUCAGGGCAGGUGAACAAGUUCCCAGGCAUGAUUGAAAUGCUGAGGAAGAUCAACCUGAGUCGGGCAGUGCGGACUAUGCAGGAGCUGUUCCCAGAAGAGUACAACUUCUAUCCCCGUUCCUGGAUCCUGCCUGAGGAGUACCAGCAGUUCUCCACACAGAUUCGCAUGGUGAAGGAGAACGAUAUCACAGUGAAUCCCACCUUCAUUGUCAAGCCAGACGGGGGCUCUCAGGGGGACGGCAUCUACCUCAUCCGUGACCCCAGUGACCUAAAGCUCAUGACGGGUUCACAGGCCAAACAGGCCGUAGUCCAGGAGUACAUCCAGAAGCCAUUACUCAUUGACAAGCUCAAGUUUGAUAUUCGCCUCUAUGUACUGAUAAAGUCUCUGGAGCCAUUGGAGAUCUACAUUGCCAAGGAAGGCCUGACACGCUUUUGCACCGAGCCCUACCAGGAGCCAAGCCAGAAGAAUCUGAGCCAUGUCUUCAUGCACCUGACAAACUACUCCCUCAACGUCCACAGUGGCAACUUUGUCCACUCAGACAGCCAGAGCACCGGCAGCAAGCGCACUCUGUCUAGCGUGCUCUACAGGCUGGCAGCUAAAGGAGUAGACAUCAAGAAGGUGUGGUCGGACAUCAUCGCUCUUGUCAUCAAGACUGUCAUUGCCGUGGGGCCUGAACUUAAAGUCUAUUAUCAGGCUGAUAUACCACCUGGCAAACCAGGACCCACAUGCUUCCAGAUAUUAGGUUUUGACAUCCUGCUGAUGAAGAACCUGAAGCCAGUUUUACUAGAGGUCAACUCCAACCCUAGUAUGAGGAUAGAACACGAACAGGAGGUAGCACCAGGUGUUUUUGAAUAUGUUCCCAGUCCUGUGGAUGCAGAGGUCAAAGUGGGUGUGAUCAGGGACACUCUGCGCCUUAUGGACCCUGGCCACAAGAAACCUUCAAUGUCCCAACCGAAGGCUGGUGGUUUUGAACACAGGGAGGAGAUUCCCAUGGAGGCGGAGACACAAGAGAGGAGCCCAGAUGAAGGAGCUCUACCCUCUCUGUGUCUGAAGCAGGUCUACCCCAAGUACACCAAACAGUUCAACUAUCUGCGGCUGGUGGAGCGAAUCGCAGCUCUCUUCAUACGCUUCCUUGGGGUCAAGGGCAACAUGCGUCUGGGCCCCACUGCCUUCCGAACCUUCAUCAGGACCUGUAAACUGAGCAACAGUAACUUCACUAUGGCCUCAGUGGACAUCCUCUACAUAGACAUUACGCGUCGUUGGUCAGGAACGAUGCCUGAUUCCAGAGAAGCAGGGAUGGGACUACAAGCAUUUGUGGAAGCCUUUUUCUUCCUGGCGGCUCGGAGGUUCAAAACCCUGGUGCUGAGGGAGCAGGUAGUAUCACUGCUGGAGCUGUGCGAGGCUCAGCUCGAGUCCCAGUCGGGCGUUGAAGACAGGCGCUCUGUGAGCUGCAGCAGGGCGCUGCCACGAGCCGUCAAGACUCAGACACUGGGCCUCACCAACCCUCAGCUCGGCUCUCCGGCCCCCCUGCGGAGGGCGGCCAGCCAGGACUACCGGCUGCAUCAAAGAGUCAGACCUCGCACACUCAGGGCCAACGUGGAGAACUGACGAGAGAGGGCCUCAACUAGUCAUCGAACUCCCAAAUACUGCCUUUAGCCUUCUCCACAGGAGCAGGGAAAUUAGGUGUCCAUCUCCCCUCAGCCGCUCCCACAAGGGGGGAAUGAUGGGAGCUAAGAGAAAGGACUAGCUUGGCCCCUGCUGGCUGGCUUGCAGGAGGACUGUUUUCAGCUUGAUUGCUUUUUCUUCAGAGGAGGAAGAUGUCUGCAGGGGGUUGGAGUGGAAAUAGAAUGAGGAGGUUGGUGCAUUUUCUUUCUUUUCUCCUGGUGUGAUCAUAUAUGAACAGUGUGGUCCAGUCAGGAUGAGGAUAUGGCUGCUUUUACUAUCCUUACUGAUUCUACAGGGCAGCUAUUUGCUUCCCUUCACCUUUGUCUGGCAACACAUACACUGAAACAAAACUUUCUUUUCAGGGAUAACAGAUUCUCCACUUCAAUAGAUUUACACACAUCACACAUAAAUAAAUCGGUGUAAGGGAGUGUCCUUAGUAUGUGUAUUAUAUCCUUGAAUUUGCACAAAAAUUCUUUGAACUAUUGCAUUUGCACAGAAAUGGAUGUGAGGGUGUCUGAGCAUUUGUGUGGGCAUACUGUGUAUGUUUGAGUGUGUUUGUACUGUACUGUACUGUACUUAUUUGUGUUUUGUUAAGUUGUGAAAGCCUAUUUACAGCCAGUGGCUCAGCUGUGCGUCCUAUCUCCAUGAGCCCAUUAGUGAUGAGUUAAGUGAAUAAGUAUUCAAAGGGAAAAGGCCACGUCGCCACUUAUCCUCUUUCAGUUCUGCAGCUAUUCCAGUCAGGCAGCCUCCGACCUUCAGAGAACAUGUUCCUAGGAUGAUUUCUUUGUAGCCACACAACUGCCAUGAGGAGUUAAUUAUUUCACAAGUAACCACAUAGCACAAAAUUUCACAAUUUAGACAGAUGUAUUGUCACUUAAAUAGGAUUCACAUAGCUUUUGUAAUAAAACCUUAUCCAUUGUUUGAUGUGGCUGUCAGUUACACGCAGCCACUGGUGGAUGCCAACCAGAAGUCGCUGUCAUUUCAAAUUAUUUACACUACAGUUAGCCACUGAAAAUUAAUGUUAAUUUUAAGUGUUUUUCUUCCAGUUUGUUUCUAAGAUUAUUAAAUUCAUUUGUCACAUGCAGAUUAAGAAUUAAGUGUGAUGUGUUACACUAAAGAGCAUUGAAACUUAUUACUUAAACACCUGCAUUGUGGACAGCUGUGUAACUCAUACAGAGAAAUAAACAUGUAAAGGAUUUCUGCUGUAGAUACAGUAGGCCUAACAUAUUAACUGCAGUAUGAUAUGAAGUAGAUUUAUAAGGUUAUUAACAGUUAUCAGUCAAGUGAAUGAAAUGUAUUGAUAAG